CGAGGGCCUCCCCUCCUCGCCCGAGCGUCUGCCUCUCCCACCGGGGCUAGCCCAACCUGUCCUCAGCGGAGUGCAAGGCAGAAGGCGGCAGCAGAAGCGCGUCGAGCCGGUCGACGUGUGGCAGCGGCGGGAGCAUCGAGAGCGUGCUGCGUGAAGAUAUUGUUGGUGCGCGCGCGAAGCAAGCGGCGGUGCUCGUUGGUGUGUUGACGUGCCAUGUGAUCGGUGCUGCGAUGGCCCCGCGACCGGAGGACAGGCGCCGCUGCCUGCUGCUGGGCAACUGCCUGGUGGUGGUGUGUCGCCGGGUGGGCAGCGACGACGACCAGGAUGAGGCGUCGGCCCAGGACAGGGCGGGCCCGCCCGGUUGGUCCCUGUUCCGUGGCUUCGUCCACGAAAACGCGCAAUGCUUCUGGAACCAGUGCCUGGUGCAGAGCGUCGCCUGCCUGGAAUAUCGCGGCUACCUGAUCCCUUCGACCAUCUUCGUCUCCGGUAACGAGUACACACUCGAAGUGGUGCGCUCCGCCUGGUCCCGCCGGGUGCUGCGUCCGCCGGUCGGAUACGAGAUACAGAAACUCGGUGACGUGUCCUCGGUGGAGAUGGUUCAGGUGCUACAGACGCAGUUCGCGCCGCUAGCCGAGGCGCUGUGCAAAGCCGUGUUCGACUUGACAUCGCGCGGCUCUACGGCCACGCUGGACACCAUAUCGGCGCAGCUGGGACAGGCCUUCCCGGCCAUCGAGAGGCCCGGCGCCGACGUCGUCUACAGGGCGCUCGGAGCGCUCAUCCGGGAGCGCAGGCUGUACCACACGGGCCUCGGAUACCAGGUCGCGGCCCCGGACACUUUCCUGCAGACCUCCCCGUCACCGGUGCCCACCGAGCGGCCCAUGCUGUUGACCAACGAAGAGGCUAUCUCGCGGCUCCACGGAAGCCCCGCGCACACCACGGACGAGUCGGCUGCCGACGGCAGCACCCUGGAGCGGAGUGCUUCCAUGCGGCUGCUCCGGACCCGCGCCGGAGCCUCGGACGAAGGACUGGCGGCGCCCGGGAGCCGCUUGAGCCGCAGCAGCUCGGUGCGCCUCUGCCGCUCGUCGCCCGCGCACGACGGACUCGUGUCCGCGUCCACGACGCAGUCGGUGGUAGCUGGUGGCAAGCGGCACCAGGAGGCCAGCGCCAAACGUGACGGCAAGUCGUCCAUGUUCAGCCGUUGGUUCCGGCGCAGCCGGUCCGAGAAGCGUUCCUCCGGCGAGUGCAAGAAGCAGCUGUCCAGUUUUUCGGCGCAGUUCCCGCCGCUCGAAUGGAGCGACCCAGACUACGCGCGAUUCCACUCGCGUGCUACGCAGACCAGCGCCGCCGCCGUCACUCAGCAGCCGGACACUCACCCCUACGCUGCCCUGCUCAAGCCGAGGUCAUCGAGCACAAAUCGAGCCCGCGAGCGACACUCAAGCAACGGGGACACUCCGGACGCAAGUCUCGAUCGCUCGGAUCGGCGAUCUCGCAGUUCGAGAGGCUACUACCGAGGUCCCCGCAAGGCGGCAGCUCUAGCAGCUGCUGAGGACCUGGACUCUUCCGGCACACUACUGUACCGACACCGCAGCGCGUCUCCCGCGGCGCGCCGCAACAACCACAGCCAGAACAACGGGUCACGCCACGGCGGCGCCCUGGCGCAGUCGGCGGCCACCAACCGACGCCUGCCCUCAACGGCCGAGAUCAGAACACCGCCAAUGACUCGACGCGCUUACCGCCAUCAGAGGGCCUUGCCGCCGCUUCCUGUGGAGAGGCUCAACAACGGCGGCCUUCGGCAGGACGACCAGAGGUACAGACCACCCAACUUCACGAACAACGCCCUUGAGAAGGCCAGCGCGGGUGAUGAACUGCCGCCGAGCGGUAAGCCGCAGCAGCCUUCCGACUACACUAACAACAACAGGUUACCGAGACCAGGACCAGUACCUUUGGCUACGUUCGAAGCUCGCCGAAGUAGCAUUGCGGGAACUACCUUGGACAUAGACAAUGUAGCGACGUCCAGGAUCCGAGCCGAGGCGCAGAGAAAUGCGCCGACGGCCUUCUCCAUGAAGAACCUUCAGCAGCAACCAUCAGCGGCCGCUUUCCCAAUGCGCGGAGGCGCACACAUCAGUGCUGACGACCUCAAGAACUUGCAUAAGGCGGAGGAGAAAGUUGAGCCGCGCCCGAUCGCCGCCAUUAAGAACCUACAGUGCGGACCUAUGGUAAUCAGCAAGGUGCCUCCACAGCCACAAGUAAUCGAACCCCGAAGGACAACGACCACUACGACCUUUACGACGACGGACACAGUGACGCUGAAGAACAUACAGAACCUGAGCUCGGUGGCUGAUCUAGAUAAAACGAAGCCGUCUCCGCAGACUCUGAAGAACCUGCAGCCAUCUACCAACACGACAACUGUGUCAAUCAAGCAGACAAACGGCAAAAUCGACGACGACAUUGGCGAGAACACCAAGAAGAUCGCGACAAACCUGAUUCUGGAGGAGAAGAUCGAGGCCCAGAGGAAAAGCGGAGCAUCGUCCCCGUCUGCUGCCGGCCCAAUCAAAAAGAUUGUCGAGGAGAAGUCCGUGCAGUCGACGCUCGAGUCUACUGGCAAGAUGGGAAACCUCAAGAGCACAGUGGACGUCAACAUGGAGCUUGUCACGGAGGUGGGAAGCUCGAGGACUGUAACCAACAUCACCACUUCGCUGCAGCACGCGCUCCCUAAGGCUGUUCCUGCGGAGCCCUCAGGCCCGGACCCGUGCAACAAUAAGACGUCGGUUGCCGCCGGUAAAACCAUCAUCAAGACAUCUAAGCCAACUAAGAUGAAUGGCAACGGAGGCGGCUACACGCCCAUGAGGGCCAAGCUAGCCGAAGCCAAGGCAGCGUUCUUCGCCGACUCUGCCAAUAAAGGCAGCGCCGACGACAGUGGUUUUGUGUCCACCUCCCCACAACCAGUUCCCGUGUAGGGAAACACUUCAAUCGCACCCGCUUGCCUACUCGGGAUGAAAUAACGCGCUUGUUGGUAAAGCACCAGCGCACAAGUGGCACGUCUUCAGGCUUCUGCUGAUCCUGAGCGGCGUUAGACCGACGCCGGAUGGUGCAUAUGUACGUUAAUCCUCCAGCAGCCGCAACAGACGCUUACUUGUGACAUCCGGACGACCACUACGCGACGUGAGCAGAAGAGAUCGACGGCCCGGAUUGAAAGUCGCACACCGUGCCACACAGAAUCGAACUCACUCACUGCUUAUGCAUGACGCUAUGCCGCUUAUAGGACUCGCAAAGUGCCUUCCUCUGCCUGUCGAUGCGGUGAACCGCGAGUGAUUGCACUGACCGAGGGACGAGAGCAAUCCCGCUUCACGGAUAUUAGUGACAACUCGUGUCUCAUUGCCGUGCACACUGUAAAGCUUAUUAACACCGAUGUGCGUCGCAAGCUUUCGCCUUAGACGAAACAUCUGAAUAGUGUAGGUCCCGAGUGUUCACAUGCACCUGCAUCGUAGAGCGAACGUCAAGGCUAUCCCACUGUCUUACUUAGACUAUUGAUUACACCGGCCAUACCAGAAACGUCUCACUUAUGUCAUUCAAUACACAGGUCAUGCUAGAAACUCGAUAAUUAGCUGUAGUAGCCUCACUAGAACGCUGGGCCACCCGAAGGCCGGCUUUGUGCAGACGACUCUUAAAUCUGUGUCCUUGCAUUUUCUGCUAUGUCAGCCCGAUUUGCUAUACUUGUACUACUAAGGAUUUAUUUUGUCCUUUCUCUGUACAUUUCUGUUACCACUGCGAUACAGUUUAUAGUAGGAACUCCACAUCAUUUCCCCUUUGACUAUAUGACAAAUUUGCAAAACUGUAACACAGUGCUGGUUCUUUGUACGAGAACGAUUUCAAGACAAACAAACAAACGAAGUAAGAGCAGAUAAUGGAAUGUGGUGAAAUUAAGCUCUUUUAACCGAUAUUUUCCACAGAGCAUGGGUGGCGUGCUGUGCGCGGAAGCAGGACGCAAGGAAGGAGCGCAAGGGCGAAAGCAGAUUGAGAGAGGAGGUGCAGGCUUCUUUGCUCGUCUUGUAGCCGCGUUGUACAAGGCAGCAAAGAGCGAUCGUGUUUCGCGUAAAACCGCCCGGUGGUCCCUGGCCCUCGUUCACAGUCACACAGCGCUGAUGACGCCGAGAGUCACGGGACCUCGGGUUCGUGCUCGUGCCACGAAGUGCGAAGUGUUUCUUGAGCGUUAGGGCGCCGACACCGGAGCUUGCUUGUUGGCGUGUGCACACACACGCCACCGCUUGGUGGGAGUUCGCACGUCGCCCUUCGUCAACCUCGAAGGCGAUAGUACAAAAAAAAAAAAAAGAGCGCUUCUUGGCUGACUGAAGUUAUCGGAGUAUCGGAGUUGAAUAAGCCGUGCCAGCAUACCUUGCGCAUAAAUUGUCUGUACUCUUGCUUCCUCCUUGUUUCUUUCUGCUAUCUUCGUGUGCAAGUUGUGCCGGACCAGCCAUGACGCCUUGUCAACAUCUCUGCGCUUUCGUCAUUUUUAUCUCACAGGAACUAUGUUGCCGCUCGCGCGCACUUACACACAUGCGCGCAUCAUAAAACAGCUUCUUAUUUUACGUGUCCGUGUAAAUGCGUUCAAUGGGCAAAGAUGCGGUAGAACUUGAAAGUAUCGUUGAGAAAGGAAAGCCUUCGGUAAAAAAAAAAUAAUCACAGUGACAACGCCCUAGCCUAGCUUCAACAUUUCUUACAACUGAUGUCAAUGUUUUGUUCGCAUGUUAGGUAAGAUAUGCUAAAUGAUAACCGAGUGAAAGUAAUUAGUAGAAGUAAGGAUUGCAGUGUGUUUAGAAAUGCAAAAAGGAAAAAAGAAAAUUAUCUGGUGUAACGCUACGACUGGAGGGAACUCGAGGAGAGAAGAAUGAUGAGGAUUGGGUUACAAGAAACGAAGGAAGAGCCCUAAAAUGGAAAAUAAGCGAGGACGUUACAACUGGAUGUAAUGUAUACUAGCGGCGUUAUACACUAAGUUGGCAGGCACAUAUAAACUGCGCGUGUAGAAAACAAAAUAUAUUCAGGUAACCCUUAUGCCGUCCUCACUCUGUGAAUGCGUGUGAAAUAGAAACGGUGCCUUCAGAAUGGUCCUUUUAGACUUGUCAACUAUACCUAAUUCCCAACCCUGUUAUGUUUAGAGCCGCGUGCCUUUUCGCAUCGUGAAACCUGCACCACCUGAAAAGAAGCAAUUUAUCGAUAGCCGCUGCAAUCGGUGUGCGCCCUUCUAAAGCUUCUAAAACACUUUUUUUUUUUUUUCGGUGAUCACUCGCCGCGCAUCGUGUACAAGACACUUCACUGCCUUUUUAUCGAGACUGCGCGCUCUUACAACAGCUCACGAGUGUAUACCUCGCACAACAGUCACAAGGCUUUGUCACGAAAACCAGGCCCUCACACUUAACCUCUCACAGCCGCAAAAGAAGCACCUCUGAAUCACGGCCUCCUUUCGCCAACGUAUACACACCAUACACGUGUCUUCUUAUAGUAUAGUAUUCUAUGAGGAAACGGGGGACGACGUCUUGCCGCCGCCGGUACACGGAUAUGAGUACGCGGCGCGGCUGCGUGCGCUCUCCUCAGCUACGCGUGGUGGGAGCGAACUUUAAUGAGGCGGGCGCGGACAGGUAAAAAAAAACAGGAGCGGGGCGUGGGGAUCGCGCACCUUGGAGUGCGAGCAUCGAGACAGGCGGGGCAGUAGGCUGGCGUCCGACGCCGCGUUAUCGCUUGUCGUUUUAAUAGCUCUCGUCGAGCGCACUGUGGUGGCAGAGAGUGCAAAAAAAAAAAAAAAAAAAAAACGACCGCUCAUGAAGAAGGAAUAAGAAAGGAAACGAGGAACCAAGCAACGUGAUCAUUCUCUUUUGACCGACUUGGCAGCCUCGGUCGCACUUCCAGUAUUUUUUUUUUCCUUUUUCCACGUAGAAGGUGGAGUUACAAAGAACAAAUAACUUAUGAAAAUAAUCGAACAAACAAAGUAAUCGUUAUAGCAACAGGAAGCGCUAGCCUAGCCGCGGCCAUCGUCCUUCUUCUUCGCCUCAUCAUCGUAUUUAAUUUGCUCGUCGGGGCGCGGCUUCACGCUUUCUUUUUUGUAUAGAGCUCCCUCCCUCCCUUUUUUUUUUCUUCUUCUCUCGCUUCAUUAGACUGUUCGAGCGAUGCUAUCACACAAACGCCUCGGUGAAAACCGCGAGGUUUGGCGCGCCUUCGCCGCGGCGCUAGGUCGUCAGUUCAUUGAUAUUGCGUUUCAUAUACGCGCAAUGGCAGCGUUACGCGGAGAAGCGAAGCCAAGCCUAAGCGAGGCCGCGUGCUCGUUAGACGGCACCUAGAUCGUUGCGGCAGGGGGACCAUGCAGUGCCGGACACUGAAAAGAGCGGCGCGCUGCACAUCGUUCCGCGAAUGGACUUCCAUGGAUCGCGCGACAUUCUGUACUUAACAGUAGAAAACAGCGCUAAAAGACGCGACGAAGAAAGGACACAGACUGUGUCCUUUCUUCGUCCCGUCUUUUAGCGCUGUUUGCUACCGUUAAUGAUGAACCGAUCAGCCCAAAUGCGUACCCUACUGCAAUUCUGUACUUGUCACGCCACCACCACCAGCUAGUGCGUCCCCGCCCGUGAAAUGCCGCCGUGAAGUGUCUCCCACUGCCUCGGUCACAUCCACCAACCUCCACUAAAAUAGUGGAGAUCAGUGGUCACAUCUGCGUUUUCACAGACUUAUUUUUCUUUACAGAAGCAGCAGCGCUCCGUUUCUUCCUUUCCUGCAAACUUCUUUCUUUUAUAUCUCGUUGUGCCAAAAUUGGCGAACGUCUGGUUCUGAACGACGCCUUCGCCAUUCCGAUAUCCUACCCCUCUAUCUCUCUUUACAUCUCUCUCAAUUUCUAGGUUUCGUGAUCGAAAAAAAAAAUAAUAUAUACAUACCACACCAAGCGACUGGUCAGUGCCAAAACUUCUUGCUUCUUUUUUUUUUUUCGUAGCGCAGUCGCACACCGAGAACGUUUGGUUUUCGGCAUCGCUAUCCAACAUGCUCUCCACGUUUCUAAAGUCCUCAUUUGAGCAAACGAGGCGCUCUUUAUUGCGUAAAAUUAACGAAUCGUGCUUACACAACAGGUGCCGAGGAAACCGUAAAGAAGGAAACUUUAACGGUCACUGGCGCGUUCUAUUCUUCGAAAUUGACUUCGCGUCACACGUAUCGGGUGUGGACGCGUGAGCUUGAAAACGGAAUCACGUCGACGAUAUAGCUGGAAAUCAUGCCACAUAUGAAGUGAAUGCUACUGGUCACCGUCUUGCGUUUACCUUAUUUUUUUCUGCCCUCUGAUGAGAAUUUGAUAUACGUAUAGCGGAUCAGACACGACGUGUUGUUUUUACGCUGCAUGUCCUGUGGUACACUUGAACUUUUUUUUUUUUUGGCUGAAUUUUGAUGCUCCGCCUUGUAUAUUUAACUAGUGUAUUCUGUACUCAUUGCUUCCGCUCGCGACAAAACUUGUCACCACACUCACACACGGGUUUCUUUCGCUUUCUGUCUUUUCUUGUGACGCCUAUAUAGACUCGCUCUGCAAGCCUCUAUAGUUGAUGGCAAUGUUGUUAUAUGCGGGAUGUUUGAUACUCGGCCGUAAUACGAAUAAAAAGACAAAGCGCGUUUUAAGUGUUUAUGCGUACGCACGUCGGAGCAGAUGAAACAACAUCCCGCAAAACAUGCCUGUUGCGAUUUUCCUGUUUUUUUUUUCUCUUUUCUUUCUUUUUUUUUUUUGUAAGCUUACUUGUGCAGGGAGCUUGCACUAUGCUCUUUCAUUUUCUAUUCGUGUACACUUGUUUGACAGUAUAUCUGUCGGCGUCUUGGCGUCUUUUCGUAGGACGUCGAGAUAUAGUUGUGCUUUGCAAAAACACCGACUGAUCGAUGGUGGUGCACAGUUCGCAUUCUGGAAGGAGAGAGAGCGUUUGAAGACCGAGGUCGUGAGGGCCCCUCGCUGCACGCCAACUUCGAGAAGCUGAAGCUUUCUUGAGUUCUGUCUCUACUUUGAGAAGAUGCAAAUUUAGGCGUACACAGAGUGGUUGCGAUGGAGGUGCCUCACACUCCGUCGAGGAUGAGUCGUGAAGCGUGUCGUGCACACGCGAACUCAGAUCUAUGCCGGUCUCGCGCGCUGCACACACACACGCACACACAUCAGGUGUCAUCAACCCAUCCCUCCUCAUCCAGCUUGUUCUCUGUGACGUCCACCAAGUGCGUGUUUGUGCCCACACCUUGUGUGCUGUUGAUUUUCUACAUAUGAUUUUUUUUUCGCCAGUCUUUGUUCUUCGCCUUGGGCGUGUCUACCAGUGAGUGUGGCGUGCUUCGCAGCGCUAUGUUCGCUGUAGCGCCAAGUGCCUGAACACGCUUGGCAUCGCUGUAAAUAAAUGAAAUAAAGGAAAAAAUGUUUUUUUGCAAUAACAA